CCAACGAAGCCAGAGGGAUGAGAAUCGGACGCUGGAGUCAGCGGAAAGUAAACAAACGUGGCCGAAGUUUCGUCCGCUCUUGGAGCUCAUACACACCAUGAUGGCGACGAUUAUCCGUAUAAAAAGACGACAUGAUGAGGAACCUACAGAAAAUAUCAUCGUUAAAGCCAAGCGCAGUCGAGUAGAGGAGGAAGAUGGGCAGCUGCUUUGUGUGAAUCUUCUCCAGAAUCCAGUCACACCAUCAUGACUAGAGUUGGAACUGUGAAUUCCAAGGAAGAUGAUGUGCAGCAACAUGUUCUGAAAGUGAUGAAGGAGCAUAAGACGGGAUGGCAGUUAAGAGAACAGUACAAAAAGUUGGGAAAUGCUCAUAGUAUAAAGGCUUCUGUCAAGGAGGCUGUUAAGAACAGAGUCAAUAGCAAACGGUAUAAGAUAGUAGCAGCUUGUCGAGGAAUCGAGGAUAAGACAGACCAGAAGGGAAAUUGCCAGAUUGGGGAAAAGAAGGAUGUUGAUGAAUCAAAACAGCUGUGGCCAUCACAACAGAGGAAUAUAAACUGUAUGAUGCUAUGCUGCCAGAGAUUGAUACGGCUAGGCCUUAAAGAGAUAUUUUCCAAAGAAACUGGAAAGCCUAGAUGA